CAUUAAAAGUUUUCCACUCAGAGAGGGAAGACAGAGAUAGAGCAGGGGGGAAGAAAAAAAGCGGGGAGAGAAAUCCUCAUCGAGAGGAGAUGGCAAAGCCUCCCGUCAACUCCACCUUGAAGAAGAGUCUGAUCUCAGUGGCACUGCUGCUCCUCUUUGCAUCAAGGAAGAGCAUUGGAGGGGAGGUGGUGGUGGAGUUGGGAUGCUCCGGGAAGUUUAGGGACUGCCUCUGGGAGAAAGGAGAGAUGGAGAUGGACUCAGAGACCAACAGGAGAGUGCUUUGGGCUGCCCACAAGAACUACAUCAGCUACGAGGCUCUCAAGGGGGAUGUGGUGCCUUGCACCAAGCCUGGGGUGCCCUACUACAACUGCCGUGCCCUUCCCAAGGCCAGUCCCUACAGUAGGGGGUGCCAAGCCAUCUCUGAGUGUAGGGGAGGAUAGAUCUCAUGAUGCAUUAGAGAAACAGAGAGGAAGUGGAAUCUCAUGUGCUCUUUCGCUUUGCUUGGAUUGUAAUAAAUUAUUAUUGUAGAAUAAUCAUGCUCAUAUUAUGUUUCACAAAAAUCUUGCUUAUAUUAUUUUUAA